AUGCUCUUGGACAAAGUACUCAUUACGUCCCUAUUGGGACUUGCAGCAAGCUCAGCAGCUACCAUUGUAGCCACCGAUGAAGUCCCUCUGAUCGGCCCAGUCUUUAUUUCCAAUUUCGAUCCAUCAAAUUCGACCGCUAUACAUAAUGCAAGAACGAAGUUACCUCGCCUUAUGGAAAGCCUCUUCUCCGAGGGAACCCUCAAUCGCACAGACCUCGCCUUUUCUAUCGACGUGUUUUCGGCAGCAACAAACAAAUCUAUCUAUAGUUAUUCACACAUUGGAAAGGAUGCGAAUCGGACGUUGACUGCUGGAGUUCUCAACGAUAAGACGAUAGCGCGGAUCGGAAGUGUCACCAAGCUAUUCACAGCUUAUGCCAUCAUCGCCAAGGGUGGCAUGGAAGUCUUCGCCCAGCCGGUGACACAUUUCCUUCCGGAACUUGCUGGCAAUUCCUCCGAUGAUCCAUUGCUGAGGCUCGAUUGGAAAGAUAUCACUGUGGGGGCUUUGUUGUCUCAGCAGGCUGGCACUGGAGGACCUGCCGAUUUUCUAAUGAAAUAUUUCGACCCCGCUGGCCAAUUAAACUUUACAAUUACAGAUUUCCUGAAUUUCAUGCGCGACGAUAAACGACCUGUGAUCUCCCCAUACCGUAAUGCCGUCUACUCUGAUGCUGGGUUUGCGAUUCUGGGUCAAGUUCUCGCUCGCCUGGCUGGUAAGAAGACAUACAGUGAAGCAAUUCGUGAGACUAUUUUCAAGCCAUUGGGGCUAGAUAGCACGUCGACAUCGGCCCCGAAAGGUACCGGGCUGAAUGCGAUCAAUCGAAAGCUAAUAGACACAAAUUCAUCAUGGGGUCUUGAUUUGGAAGUUGUGGCAUCAUCCGGCGGUAUCUACGCGAAUGGUGCAGACCUUCGGACGGCAGGUCUAUCCAUUCUCAACUCCGAGCUCCUCUCCCCCACCAAUACCUCCGAGUGGAUGAAACCUCGUAGUGGCACGGGCUCUCUAGUUGAACUUGUCGGUGCACCUUGGGAGAUAUCUCGCCUAGAGAUCCCCGUUUCCCCAGGCUCGAACCGCACCCGAAUCUCAGAUCUAUAUACCAAGGCUGGUGGUAACGGAGACUAUACCACCAUCUUCGCCCUAUCCCCAGACCACGGGAUUGGCUAUUCAAUUCUCAUCGCUGGGCUUACGGCCUCGGUUGCCCGCUGGCCUCUUCGUGAUACCGUUGGCGAAACAUUCAUCCCCGCUGCCGAACACGCAACCUGGGAGAAUGCCCGGCGCAACCUUGCGGGCACCUUUGUUGAUAAGUCCGCGCCUGGUACCAACCUGACCUUGACCGUCGACAAGGGCCGGCCAGGUCUUGGACUAGGAGCUUUCUGGAUCAAGGGAGUGAACGGCCGUGACAACGAUCAUUGGCGUAUCUACCCCACUGGUCUUAACUCCAUCUCGCGAUCUUUGUCAUCUCUCUACUUGAGCAAGGGUAAGAUGCGUGUGGCACACCGUAUGGUAGAGCCGGCACCUCCAAUGCAGCCCCGUGCUGCUGUGGAAGGAGGCAAGGGAGGAUUAUUCGAUAACUCGUUCACGUGGAUGGACAUCGAUUUCCAGGGUCCUGUUGAUGAGCUUAUUUUUGAUCUUGUUGACGGACGACUGGUUAGUGUAGAACUUCCGGCGGCUGGUUUGGUCCUUGAUCGGCUUAAAUAG